AUGCUCUCAGUUUUAUUUGAAUUAUUUCUGAUUACGAUUAAUAUUAUACCAUUAUUAUCUUCUAUGAAUAUAUUAAAAGGAUCUCUAUUUUCUUCAUCUAAUAAAAAAAAACUUAAAAAACCUAGUCAAAAUCUAGUAGGAAAAUAUAAAUUUCGUCAAGCAAAUAAUUCGUUAACUGAUCCACUUCUAUAUACGUUUAACAAUACUGAUAUUGAAUUAGGAACAAUUAAUUCUGAUGAUGAAUCAAAAUCAAAUGAUGAUCAUAUUGUUCGUACUCGUUCUUCUCGACCAAAUUUAAUAUCAUUAGCACAUGAUGGUGGUUCAAUUGUUAUUAUGGAAAAACCUACAUUACCAAGUGAAACUAUUCAAGCAUUUGCUAUUCGAUAUCGUGUACCUGUUUCUCAAUUAAAACGUUUAAAUAAUCUACAAAAUGAUCAAGAUUUUUAUGCAUUAACACAUUGUCGUGUACCCGUACAUCGUUUUGGUUUACUUCAUGAAUCUUCCGAGUCAUUAUCAACAACAGUUGAUUCAAAUGAACAAUCAACAAUAUCAUUACCUGUUACACAUCUUUCUCAACAAAAUCAUCUAGCUUUUUUAAAUGCUAUGGAUCAAGACUUAGCAUCGAUGCGUGCCAAAGUUGAACGAUUAAUUGAAACAUCGUCAACAACAACAACAACAGCAUUAAUUUCUAAUCAAUUAACAUCUCCAUCAUUAGCAGAGAGUAUGAUAAAACCAGUCAAAAAUACAACAACUCAAUUCAAUUGUGAUGAAGCUGACUGUGGUUGUCGAUUUUCGCAUAUUAUUAUAGUUGCUAUUCUUAUUGCUCUUAUACCAUUGAUCUGCGCUUAUUUUUAUAUUAAAUAUUAUUCUACUAUUAAGAAUUUAUGA